GACAAACCAAACGGCGGAUAAAGGGUUACAGCAGAGUGCGGAUGUGAGGUACACUCUCCAGGGUUGGAUUGAUCGUCGUACUGCGUUACGACCAAAAUAACGUUAGCCAACUAGCGGGCAAGCAACACACUGUAGUCAGUACCUGCAUUAGUUAGCUAUAACUGUGAUAUCCUAAUAAUUUUUAAAAUAACAGAACCCCGCCGAAACGGUUGAUCUUCAUAAUUAUGACAGAGCUUCGGCACCGCGGCGCAACAGAGAACGACUUGAAACAACAAUCAGCAGAUGACAAGGGCUCGGAGGGGGAGGGCAGGGCCGACGGGGAGGUGUCCGCGUCGGAUAACGAGACCAAGCCGGACUCCGGCGCUCCGGAGGCUCCCGCCGCGGCCGAUGACACCCCGGAGGUCCUGAACAAAGCCCUGUCCGGACUGUCGUCACGAUGGAAGAACUGGUGGGUGCGGGGGAUCCUCACUCUGGCCAUGAUCUCCUUCUUCUUCAUCAUCAUCUACCUCGGCCCCAUGGUGCUCAUGAUGAUCGUGCUGUGUGUGCAGAUCAAAUGCUUCCAGGAGAUCAUUACCAUCGGCUACAGCGUGUACCACUCCUACCACCUGCCCUGGUUCCGGACCCUUAGCUGGUACUUCCUACUGUGUGUGAACUACUUCUUCUACGGAGAGACCGUCACCGAUUACUUCUUCACUCUGGUGCAGAGGGAGGAGCCCCUGCGCAUCCUCAGCAAAUACCAUCGCUUCAUCUCCUUCGCCCUUUACCUGACAGGGUUCUGCAUGUUCGUGCUGAGUCUGGUGAAGAAACACUACCGCCUGCAGUUCUACAUGUUCGGCUGGACUCAUGUCACACUGCUGAUCGUGGUGACUCAGUCUCACCUGAUCAUCCACAACCUCUUUGAGGGAAUGAUCUGGUUCAUCGUGCCCAUCUCCUGUGUCAUCUGCAAUGACAUCAUGGCCUACAUGUUCGGCUUCUUUUUCGGCCGGACCCCCCUCAUCAAGCUGUCCCCUAAGAAGACCUGGGAGGGGUUCAUCGGAGGGUUUUUCUCCACCAUUGUGUUUGGAAUCCUGCUGUCCUACGUGAUGAGCGGGUACAGCUACUUUGUCUGUCCGGUGGAGUUCAACAACGACUCCAACCGCUUCACCGUGGACUGCCAGCCCUCUGAGCUGUUCCAGCUGCAGGACUACAGCCUGCCCUCCGUCCUGGAGUCCCUCACCGGCUGGGCGACGGUGAGGAUGUACCCGUUCCAGAUCCACAGCAUCGCUCUCUCCAGCUUCGCCUCCAUCAUGGGGCCCUUUGGAGGAUUCUUCGCCAGCGGCUUCAAGAGGGCCUUCAAGAUCAAGGACUUUGCAGACACCAUCCCUGGGCACGGUGGGAUCAUGGACCGAUUCGACUGCCAGUACCUCAUGGCCACCUUUGUCAACGUCUACAUCGCCAGCUUCAUCAGGGGGCCGAACCCCAGCAAGGUGAUCCAGCAGCUGCUCGCCCUACGAUUGGACCAGCAGCUCCACAUCUUCAACUCCCUGAAGGCCCACCUCACAGAGAAAGGCCUGCUCUCGGCCAAUGAGGAGGCGGCGUAGGCGGGCCUAAGGAGGAGGAGGACGAAUAGCAGGCCAGAGGGGAGGCAGCCUCGGAGCAACAGGAGGUCUGAUGGAUUGUGGGAUACUGCAGGAUGGUGAACGAUGCUUGUCUGAGCGAGAACGCAGCUGAGCAGACAAAAACUUAAACCUUGGAUCAUUCCGUUCCACGUGCGCACGUGCGUGUGUGUGUGUGUGUGUGUGUGUGUGUGUGUGUGUGUGCGCGCCUGCGUUAUGUCAGUGUUUGUGUGGGUGUGUGUGGAUGCACGUGGCCGUGUGUGUGUGUGUGAGACCGAGAGAGUGUGUGCGCGCAUCUGUAUCUGUGUGUGGGGGCACACACACGUGCACACAUACCACUGUAUAUGUAUCUCUGUACUGUUUUGUUCGUGUACAAUUCUGUGUCAUUUUAGUUUUUGUUUUUGUUCGCUUGUCUAUUUACAAAUGCAGUGAUGACACGUUCCGUCUCGGGUGAUCAUGAGGUCAGCUGUACAUUUCUUCUUAUAUACAGUAGACUAUGUUAUAUAUAAAAAUAUGUGUGAAUAUUUUAUGGUACAUAUUUUAUUUGUUUUAAUGCACUGUGUUAACGACGCAUUCACACUGUAACUUCACGUGAACUUCACUGUCAGAGUGGCUUUUGUCUGUUGCAGUUAUUGCAUCAUAUGUUUAUAUAUCGGUGAUGGAGUUUGCUUCAGAAUAAUGCUGAACGUUUAUUUAAACCUACAGAUGUUUAUUUAUCUAUAUUCUGUCUGUUUCUGAAAGCCUGUCACUCGCAAGUAUAUAUUUCAUAAAACUAUGGGUUGUGUAAUAGUGUCUUGUUUUUCAGGUGACUGAGUCACGGUUCAAAGAAGAGUUCUUUCUCUUACAGCCCGGUCAGCAGAGCAGUGGUAGCCUGGGGUUGUGAUGCUUGCGUAAUGCUAGAGAGAUGUGGCGUCUACUCUCGGUCGUAACGGUGUUUCUCUGUCACUGUCCUCUGGCUCCAAACAGUUUAACCCUGCAGUCCCAAAAGUGCCAUAUGGCACUCCAGCAUAAUUACUGUAAAAUCCCAGGACUGCCUUAUGGCACUCCAGCAUAAUUACUGUAAAAUCCCAGGACUGCCUUAUGGCAGUCUCGGCGUCAUACCUUGUCAGCCAAUUGAAAUGACAGCUGUAUUGUUUUAAGCCCCUCCUAAAUGUUCUCUACUUUCUCAAUUUUCUCAGCAAAAGCCAAAACCCCGUGGGAUUUGGGUGGACUGGCUCGGGACUGAAAGGGUUAAAUAGUUAUCUGCAGUAGGUUACAGUAUGAUGGUCCUUUAUCUGCAGUUGGUUACAGUGUGAUUAUCCCUUAUCUGCAGUGGCUACAGUGUGAUGGUCCUUUAUCUGCAGUGGGCUACAGUGUGAUUAUCCCUUAUCUGCAGUGGCUACAGUGUGAUGGUCCUUUAUCUGCAGUGGGUUACAGUGUGAUGGUCCUUUAUCUGCAGUGGGUUACAGUGUGAUGGUCCCUUAAUUGCAGUGGGUUACAGUGUGAUGGUCCCUUAAUUGCAGUGGGUUACAGUGUGUUUCGCUGCUGUACGAGCUGCAUUCUAACAAAGUCAUACAACGUGCAGAACUGUGGAGGAACCGUAGCCACUGCUCUGUUACUAGAGAUUUCUGUUUCAAUGCUUUCCUGCAUACUUGACUACUAGCUGCUCUGUUAUUCUAAGGAUAUAAGUGAGAAGCAUUCUAAAGUUCUCCAGUCUACUACGACUGGAUCUGACUGGCUGGUCUUACCUGUUGUUAUUAUAACACUGCCAAUAUUUAGCAAAACUAGCCAUAAUUGGGGAAAAACAGUAUUAUUUGUUUUAUCACACCUAUGUAACUUGAGUUCAGGGCAGGCACACUGAUGCAUCUUCAGUUUUACUAUGGAGGUUUUGCCUCAGGAGGAAAGGUUACACGCGUCCAUGAAGUCAUGGACGGCUACGCUCAACACUCACCCGGUUAAUCGCUACAUUUCUCUUUCACUGCCUCGUAGUCAGACUGGUCUCCCCAGAAUACCCAGGAGUCAAGCUGCUCUCUGUGCCUACACUUCCCAGAAUCCCCAGUAGUCAAGCUGGUAUUUGUGCCUACACUUCCCAGAAUCCCUAGGAGUUAGGCUGGUCUCUAUGCCUACACUUCCCAGAAUCCACACUAGUCAGGCUGGUUUCUGCACCUAUACUUCCCAGAAUCCCCAGUACUUAGACUGGUCUCAUGCCUACACAUCCCAGUAUCCCCAGUCAGGCUGAUCUCUGCCUACACUUCCCAUAAUCCCCAGGGCUAUGGGGAUGAAGAUGCUAGACUGUAUACACUGGUUCAUAUGAGGGGUAAGGGAAGCUGAUGGCUUCAUCGUGCUUCAGAGCUGAUUGUGCCCUCUUGUAGAAUGGCCACUCCCCUGUUUAAGAGUCUGUCACUGCAUAGCUCUGCCCAGGUCUGUGAGAUGUCAAUUAAUUAUUCUUCACCAUUUGGUUGUCUGGAGUCAGAGAAUAUUGAGUUUACAGUUCAAACACAAUUGAACAAUUUGAACAGGUCAGAUCCAAAUAAUGAGAAAUAUCUAUAAUCACACUUGCAGGGAAGAAUGAUUUAGAGUUUUAAUUAAAGAUGAAACUUCAGGUUUCUUUUGUCUUUGUUUUUAUUGCUGUGGGAUCUAAAUGGUCACCUUAAAUCGCAUGUUUUGCGCACCGUUUUUGACGCUGGUUUCUUGUCAUAUUCCUUCUGUAAAUCAUACCUUCAGAGGCCUCUUUUCUCAAUAAAGAACCUGAAACACACAA